AUGGCAUCCUUUCUCCCUGUGAACAACUCUGCCCCUGAAGAAAUGGAUGGAGCUGCCACACCCCGUGCGAAACCAAAUGGUGUGCCGGUCACACCAGAGGGCUCUUCGUCGACGGACCAAACUCCGAAUUCACAACACCGUGAUGCUACAACCCACGUCCGAACCCCUUCCAUGUCAGACGAACAGAUGCACGAUUCCGAGGGCGAACAAGAGGAUUCCGACCACGAUCACGAUCCCGGGAGCAACGCCCCGCCCGAACAUCUGGCUCGUCACAUUCGCAAGCACACCGGAGAACGUCCCUUCCAGUGCCACUGCUCUCGACGCUUUUCGCGACUCGAUAACCUCCGACAACAUGCCCAGACCGUCCACGUCAAUGAAGAAAUACCGGGGGACUCGCUAGCCGCUACGGGAACUCGGUUCCAGCGCCAGGUUCGGACGGAUCGCGUGCGACCCCCAGGCCGGGCCAGGGCAGGCACAGGAGGAAGUCAAGGCGGCCAUAGUCGUGGUCACAGCAGGAAUUUAUCGACCUCGAGCAUCGCUUCAACCGCUUCUACAUUCAGUCAACCACCGGAACUUCGACGGCGCCCACCCCCGCUGAUCAUGGCCAACGACCCCGCGGCUCGAUCCCGAUUGGCAAUGGAAUCUAUGGGAGAGCCUCCGAGCACCCCUCCAGGUCAGAUUCGGGGCAUUGGCCCAGCUACCGCAGCGUCUCCAUAUACACCUUCCAAUAUGUUUGCCGCUAGUGGGGGAAGCCCUCAAUAUGCUUCCCCCAUGUCAGCAGCUGGUUUCUGGGAAGGUAAAACGGCCGCCCGUCGUCUCUCGGUCCCAACUAGCAGCAAUCCUUUCCUCGCACAUGGCAACGCGUACCCUCCGCCUUAUCACGCAGCCCCGGGCGCACCUUAUCCCAACGGCACGGGUGUGUUUGCUAGCCCCGCCAGCACCAACUACUCUGUUUCUCGUGACGAGGGUGCGUUGAGUGCCGCUGAGGCAGAGAUGAGGAGGAGAACGUGGCACCCAUCAUCUUAUACAGGAUUCCCUCGACCCGGAACUAGUGGUUUGAAUCACUACCACACUCCUGAUACUGUUCCGGCAUCAUUUGGGACAAAUGGGGCCGAGCAACCUCCCCGGCUGCCCGGUAUUGAGAGUUUUGACAAGGUAGUCUCCCGGCCUUUAACCCCGCCCACUCGGAAAGCCAGUCCCAUGCAGAUUGAUGGUCAACACCGCCCUCCAGCCUUUGGAGCCGGCUUUAACUACGCACAACCAUCUCAUCGUCCACCACCGCCUAUCUCUGGCCCCGGCCAUCGACGUGGCCAUGUGUCAUGGGAUAUGUCUUUGCAUCACAACCUGACUGGACUGGAUAUCCGGGAUAGGCGUCCUUCGAACGCCUCUGCUUCGCAAUGGAGCCAGCAGACCAUUGCAGAACUCCAAAAUGUAUCUUCCCGUCCAUCCUCCUCUUAUCAACCUUCAUUUGGACCAACAGCCGAAAAAAGCCCAGAAGAGCCCCGCGGACAUCGCCCCAGCAUCUCAACUAGCAGCCGAACGCGCACCUCUCCAGAGGAUUCCAGUAGCAGCGAGGGCGUCCAUACCCCAUCUACGGCAUCAGUCGAUUACCAUCCCGCGAUCGUGCACAGCAGCGGAUAUAUCGAAUCUCAAGACUCUGUUCCCUCCGAGCACCCUCCCCCGAUCUGUGGUCGACAAUCCUCCCACGCGGACGGCUAUCAAUCUCAUGACCGGGAACCCCGAAACGACGUCUUCACUGACGCCGCCCACAACUCGGAUAUGGGCCGCCUAGAGGCCCUCGUUGCCGUCGCCACGAGUGAGAACAAAGGAGCUGCAAAACUGUUCCUGUAA